CUCAGUUUGGUUGUUGGUUUGAGGGAAGCAACAGCCAAAAGAGCCCUGUCCCCCUGCAGAACAGGGGAGCUGGGCCCUCUGUGGGGCUGUUCACCUGCUGCCUACAUCAUGGGGAUCAUUCUUUUAAGCAGGAAUAACCUGGAAUCAUGAGGACUUCUACCCACAUCUGAAAAUCUACUCAAUGAAGGAUUAACCCCAGAACAGGUACAGCCACAGCACUGGGUUAUCUUCAGAGGGACUGUGACAGGAACAAUCUCCAGAAGGCAUCUCCCAAGGUGGGACACAAGCUGGAUGUGGCAGAGAGCAGAAAGUGGAGGCACUGAAUUCAUCUGGGACUGAGGUCUGUUCCUGGACAUGGAGGCCACAGGAGAAUUUUGAGGGACACCAGGAAGCAGGGUUGGCUCUGGAAUCUGCCCUGACCAUGGCUCCUCCACUCCUGUCAGACCUGGGCUAUGUCCCCCCUGAUGGUGGAUGGGGCUGGGCAGUGGUGUUUGGAGCCUCCAUCUCUAUUGGCUUUGCAUUCACCUUUCCCAAAGCUUUCACAAUCUACUUCAAAGAGAUCCAGGGUGUUUUUGGCAUCUCCUACAGCCAGCUUGCCUGGACAACAUCCAUCAUGUGUGCUACCACCUAUGGAGGGGGUCCCAUCAGCAGCAUUUUAGUGAACCGCUAUGGCAGCCGGCCCGUGGUCAUGUUUGGGGGCCUCCUGUGUGGUGUGGGCAUGAUCUCAGCUGCCUUCUGCACCAGCAUCCUGCAGCUCUACAUCUGCGUGGGCUUCAUCACAGGAUUUGGCCUUGCUCUCAACCUUCAGCCAUCAGUGAUCAUCGUAGGCAAAUACUUCUUGAAGAGAAGACCCAUUGCCAAUGGCCUUGCUAUGGCAGGGAGCCCUGUCAUGCUUUGUACCCUGGCACCUCUCAACCAAUUCCUUUUUGACAAUUUUGGCUGGAGGGGCAGCUUUUUAAUCCUUGGGGCAAUUUUAUUAAACUGCUGUGUGGCAGGAGCUCUCUUCAGACCCAUUGGACCAGGGACAGCGCCAGUCAAAACCCAGGUGAAUGAGGAAGGGAAGGAUGCUCUGAAAGGAAAGAUCACUGAAGAUGGCCCCAUGGAGAAAAAAAUAGAAGAGGAAGAAGAAAAGGACUGCUUUGAAAAAGUCAAUCAGUACCUUGAUUUCUCCCUCUUUAAACACAGAGGGUUCUUGAUUUACCUGAUCGGAAACGUGCUCAUGUUCCUGGGCUUCUUUGCCCCCAUCGUUUUCCUGGCACCCUAUGCAAAGCACACUGGCAUUGAUGAAUAUUCAGCUGCUUUCCUGCUUUCCAUCCUGGCUAUUGUGGACAUGGUUGCUCGCCCUGCCACCGGCAUCAUUGCCAACAGCAGGUGGGUGAGGCCGAGGAUCCAGUACUUCUUCAGCUUCGCCAUCGCCUUCAACGGCGCCUGCCACCUGCUGUGCCCGCUGGCCUCCAGCUACACAGGGCUCAUUGUGUACUCCAGCUUCUUUGGCUUGGCCUUUGGCAUGGUGUGUGCCAUGCUCUUCGAGACGCUGAUGGACCUGGUGGGAGCUGCCAGGUUCACCAGCGCCGUCGGCCUCGUCACCAUCGCCGAGUGCUGCACCAUCCUGCUGGGACCACCCAUCGGAGGAAUUCUUAUUGAUACCUUUGGGGACUAUAAAUAUAUGUUCAUUAAAUGUGGAGCUGUGAUGGUCCUGGCAGGAACCUUUCUGUUCAUCAUGAAUUAUUAUAAUUAUCGUAUGCUUGCCAAGGAGGAGAAGGAAAGAAAGACAAAAGAAGAGGAUCUUAAAUCUCUAAGGACAGAAAAUGAAGGCAAAAAAAACUGGAACAAAGACUCCACAGAGGAUGGGCCUGAGCUGGAGCCUUUGAGAGAGAAUGGAGAAGGAGUAAAGAAGGAAAUGAACGGCACAAAUGAAGUUUAAACUUGUUCUUGUGGGCUGAAUGGGAAAUGACUUCUGGGUUGCUCAAGUGAGCAUCAGCUGUGAAAUCACACUAGGUUUUAAAAUUUUACUCUAUAUUCUCUGCCAUGUGCAUCCUGUUCUUUGUUGUAGGAGAAGACUAGAACAGAAACAAGCCCUGAUUCUAUAAACUGCUGGGACACUGCAGUAUCCACUUGCAUACCAAACAUCCUGCAAGAUUUUCUAUUAGAUAUUCCCCAUUUCUCAGAGAAAAGGGAAGGGUGAUGUUUUGCAGGGGGCCAGGAUGAUGCUGACAUGAGACAGGAGUCCUUCUUCAGGUGCUUUGUCCGUGCAGGGCAGAAUUUUAGUCUUAAGCUUAACCCUUGACCUACAUUCGAACAGCGCAAAUUUAAUUUUUCCCUAGGAGGUUACAAAGUCCUUAUUAUCCAAUUUCUGAGUGCCUUACCAUUUCUAGUGAGCUUUUUCUUUACAACACCCUGGCGAGACAGUAAGUGUUGCCACUAUUAAUUAAUUGCACAAAUGAAGAAGUGAAGCACAGAGGAGCUCUGGGCAUCAUUGCAUCAGUGAAUAAAGCUUAGGCGUGCCAGAGCUGAAAUGGAAUCCAUGCCCUGAGUUAUUUUCCUACAAACCCUGCUGAGCACAGGUAUCCCUUUGCUAGAAAAUAGGGAAUACAAAGGACAGUGGUGCUUUAAACCACAGCCCCCUCUGCUCACUGUGUGCCUCACACUACUCAGAUUAGAGAUUUUGAACCCUGUCUCACAGUGGGACCUUGUGGAUUUUUUUUUUUUUUAACCUGCUUCAGUUGCAUCCAUCCUGGAGGGGAUCCAAACCCAGCUGCCUCCCCUUGUUGGGGCUGGAGUGGGCAGCUCCCUGGUGCUGGCACUGCAGUACCUGCUGGCCUCACCCCAUCCUGCUGCAUUCAUUAAGUUUGCCCAGGUCAGUGAUGCAGAGGUGGAGCUGAGACCGCUCAGGAGGCUCUCAUCCUGUGGUGAUAAAUCUGAUCUGGGAAUUUUAUAUAUUAUAUAUAUUUUAUACCAAGCAGCUGUUGCCCAAGAACCAUUAAUGCUGAGCAUGGCAUCAUGCAGUUGAACCAUCAGACUUCUGUGGAAUUUCAUGGAUUAGAUAAAAAACAAGCAUUUUUCAGGCAGAUUGCCCAAAUCCAAAGC